GUACUGGUGCGGGGACAUGCGCGAUCUGAAUGUCGCGAUGUAGACGAUAGCUCUGCGAUCCAAGUGCAAGCUUCUGAACGCGCUGCAUCCGUGAUUGAUGUCAACGACAAAGGUUGGAUGCACCAUGAUAGCCGGAACGCGUCCUUCGGCGGCACAUUCCACGGUAGUGGAGGAUCCCAACAUCCCCCGGAUGGAAGCGCUUUACACUGUGCGCGGAAGGAUUCUUCUGGCAAAGUGAUAGGCCCACAGAUCCGAAUCCGCAAAGAAAUCCACAAAACGACGGAUGCGGAGUUCUCCAAGUUUGCAAAAUGUGUCCGCAAACUGAAGGAAGUGAAGCCAUCAUGCAAAGGCCAAUACAGGUGUAUUCAAGACUACCCAAACAGCUGGGACUCGUUCUUGGCAUUUCACAUGAAUUGCCAUCGACGAGAAGACGAGUUCUGGGUGUGUCAUCGUCAUAUGAUGUAUGAUCUGGAAACAGCCCUUCAAAAGAUUUGCAACGACUGUGGCGUCUUCCUGCCGUACUGGAACUCUUUUCGAGAAUCUGGAGACAUUUGGGGUUCCGUGACGUGGGCGAGCAAGCGUUAUGGGAAUCCAUUUGGUCUUCCCAGAGACCAAGCUUGGUGGUGCUAUGACCACGGCUGGAGCCAGUGUGUCAUGGAGGGCAUUGGAAAGGAAUUCCUUAUGGAUCCACAUGCUGACAAGUCAAGCUGUAGCGCUUGCCUCAGCCGACAGCCUUAUCGCUGGGCCCAUGUGACAGCUCUGCCUGUCGUUAUGGCUGUGCUGACAAGCAAGGACAGCUUCGAGACGAUCCAAGCCAAAUUUGAAGCAUUCCACGUGGAUGUCCACACAAACGUAGGUGGAAACAUGGCAAAUCUUCCAGACUCGACUCUGGAUCCAGUUUUCUGGUUACACCAUGGUGUUGUGGACUUCAUGUUCACUUUUUGGCAGGCAUGGCAAUACAACAACGAGAAGGAACAUCCGACCUGUCGCAGCUGCAGGACUUGCCACAGUCCGAUGACUCACUACAGGGUCCACAGGAAGGAGUGGAUGGGCCGCUGGAACCCUGAGCACAAGUGUGUUGAGCUUCCGUGCUCGAAUCCGGUCGUCUGCAUUGGCUACGAUGGGUACAUUGAGCCAGGAAUCUGGACUCCACCUGCGCCGCCACCUCCAUCGCCGCACGGUUGGGGGCGUAGGUGGGGGUGGAGACGAUGGCUCCUCCUGCAGAAUGAGUCCUUGGGGGAAGACUUCGACGAAUCAGGUGGGCCCCUUGAAGGCGAGCCCGGGUACGUUCACGAUCCGCAAGAGCUCCCUGUGGUUCUAGAAGAUCCAGAUGGGUCGGCAAUCGUGGACUUCGAAAGUCCCCUCCUGGGUGCAGACGACUUCAUGGAGAAGAUGCAAUGCGAGGAGACCAUUAACAAGAUCCAAAAGGGAUCUUGUUCCAUAGAUGAGAUUGCGAAGCAUGUGGUGCUGACAACGAAAAGGGACAUGACGCAGUUGCGCUCGCAGUGUGCGGAGUUCUGGGGCACUCUCCGGGGCAUGGUAUCUGAAGACGGCGUGGAACAGAGGAUCAAUGCUUGUUGGACAGCGUUGCAAUCAAUCGAGAAGGUCCAGGAAACAUUCAGGUUUAAGGAGCCGACAACGGUCGCCGAGAAGUUGUAUGGCAUUCAGUGCAAUACUGAAAAUUUACACUGCUAG